UUCCGCACUCUCGAGAUGGUUGCGUCCAUAGAGAAUGAUCAGAGUCAUGUCUCUGAGUUCCUCCGCCUCCUGUCUGCCCGACUGCCCGCCGGCGUUACCGGCACCACGCUGGCCAUGUGGACCCUGGUGUUGGUACUGGCUGUCCGUCUGUCUUUGUGGGUGGUGAGCUUCAUAGCGUGGCAGGUAAAGAUCAGGAGGGCCGUGAAGCAGUUUCCUGAAUUCAACCGUGACUUGACGGCGAUAUUGUCUCUGGUUGAGCACAACCGUUCCCAUGUCUAUUGGCUGGGUUCCCUUAUUGCCACUAUAGCCUGCAGCCAUCCCGAGAACAUUAAGCCAAUCUUGAGUGGUAAAACACAAAAGACUGACUGGGCGUACAGAAUGUUUAGACCAUGGCUCGGAGACGGUCUUCUAACAAGUGAAGGCAGCAAGUGGCAGAGGAACAGACGUCUGCUGACGCCGGCUUUUCACUUCGACAUCCUGAAGCACUAUGUGAAGCUGUUCUCUGAGUCAACAGUCGUGCUUCUGGAUAAGUGGACGUCACGUGGUCCGGGCACAUCUGUUGAGUUAUUCGACCAUAUCGGGCUGAUGACGUUGGACAACAUACUGAAAUGCAGCCUGAGUUACAACAGCAGUUGCCAGACUGACGGCAAGUCGGCCCCUUAUAUCCUGGCUGUACACGACUUGAACAGACUGUUCUAUGAACGGACCGAGAAUCCACUGCACCAUAUUGACUUCAUCUACUAUCUCAGUACAAGAGGACGCCGAUUCCGCCAGGCCUGCAAGACCGUUCACGGUUUCUCCGAACAGGUCAUAACGAAAAGGAAAGAAGAACUGAAGAAAGAAGACUUCACUUUAACGAGGACAAGAAGUGGGAAAUGCUUGGACCUUUUGGAUAUCUUGUUGCAAGCAAAGGAUGAAGACGGUACCGGGCUGAGUGUUUCCGAGAUCCGAGACGAAGUCAACACUUUCCUGUUCGGCGGCCACCAUACCACUGCCAGUGGAAUCAGCUGGACACUGUUCCACUUGGCCCAAAACAAGGACUAUCAGGACAAGUGCAGGAGGGAGGUGGAAGAAGCGCUUCAUGGACGGAUUCAAAUGACAUGGCAUGACAUUGGCAAACUACCGUUCAUCACCAUGUGCAUCAAAGAGAGCAUGCGCUGUGUUCCUCCAAUUCCUCGAACUAUGCGAUCCUUGAAGCAGGACAUGACCUUCCCUGAAGGAAAAUCGUUGCCAAAGGGUAGCCCAACUUUUGCUGAUUUCCUUGGACUCCAUAGGAACACAGAAAUUUGGCCAAAUCCUACGGUGUAUGAUCCUUACCGCUUCUCACCUGAGAACAUGGAGAACAGAUCUCCCCACGCUUUCCUGCCAUUCUCUGCAGGACCAAGGAACUGCAUCGGGCAAAACUUCGCCAUGAACGAGAUGAAGGUGGCGGUGGCGCUGAUCCUGCAGCGUUUCCAGCUGGAGCUGGACGAGACCAAACCUCCGGCCGUCCCCUGUGACAGCAUAACUCUACAGGCUAAGGAUGGGAUUUGGGUGAAAGUUCACCCGGUCAAUACCAAUACUUAAGGAGACGAAGAGCACGAUCUACAGGUGUUACAUUUUUUCAUCAAAGAGUACGUUAUUUCUGUAUUCUUUGCCAGAAUUUAGGAAAUGUAUUUUCUUUGUUUUAACUGUUUACACUAACAGACUGUGUUAGUUUCGCGGUUCAUUGAUGUUUGCUUGAGCAUACAUGGCGACAAAUGUAAUGUUAUGUAAUGUUAUGUUGUAUCUCCGCUAGUACGAGUACAUGUCUCACGGUUUUAAUCGUAUAGCUAUAGGCUUUUCUUGUGAAAUCUUUAAGUGAACAGAAACGUAUUUUAAAAAAUAGUUAGUGAUAAAACAACUGAUGAGCCUUCAUUCUUACCUACAUGUAGCAGUAUGCAAGUUCUAAGAGGAUGGUUAAGGUAUUUAAUUGUGGAAUUAUGAAAUAUUUCUGCCUUCCGAUAAUGACGAAAAAGUCAAUGUCAACAGCUGUUUUAGAUUUUCUUCUAGAAUCUAAAUGUUAUUGCGUAAUGAAUAGAUUUUAAAUCAGUUGAAAAAGGAACCACAGUUCCUUAUGUCGUUUAUGAUUAAAUUCUUGUUUGGUAAAAAACUCCAGAUAUCUCAUAAUUACGUUCUAAGCUGAAAAACGUAAGUGUGGGCCAUAUACUACAUGAACGAAGACAAUAAAAGUCUGUAACUGC